CGCGGUCGCCUGCUGUCAUUCUCGCUGGGGUUCCGCACUUUGGACGCAGCCGGGGCAAUGGCGGGAUCCGGCCUGGGCUCGGCGGGGCUGGACCUGGAGAAGCUGCGCAUGGCGGGCGCCGGCCUGGCUCUCGCGGUGCUCACCAGCGGCGGCGACGCACAAGGUAUGAAUGCUGCUGUCCGAGCCGUGACUCGCAUGGGGAUAUAUGUUGGAGCAAAAGUGUUCCUGAUCUAUGAGGGUUACGAGGGACUGGUAGAAGGAGGAGAGAAUAUCAAGCAAGCAAACUGGCUCAGUGUAUCCAACAUUAUUCAACUGGGUGGCACUGUUAUUGGCAGUGCCCGGUGCAAAGCUUUCACAACCCGGGAGGGCCGCCUCCAGGCUGCCUACAACCUGGUGCAGCACGGCAUCACCAACUUGUGCGUCAUUGGUGGGGACGGAAGCCUGACUGGUGCAAAUAUAUUCCGCUCGGAGUGGGGUAGUCUUUUGGAGGAACUGGUCAAAGAAGGGAAGAUCACUGAGGAGGUGUCUCAGACAUACUGUCAUUUAAACAUUGUGGGCCUGGUGGGCUCCAUUGACAACGAUUUCUGUGGUACAGAUAUGACCAUUGGCACUGACUCUGCCCUGCACCGUAUCAUGGAGGUGAUUGACGCAAUCACCACUACUGCCCAGAGUCACCAGAGAACAUUUGUGCUGGAGGUGAUGGGCAGGCACUGUGGGUACCUUGCAUUAGUUUCAGCUUUGGCUUCUGGUGCAGACUGGCUUUUCAUCCCUGAGUCACCUCCUGAGGAUGACUGGGAGGAUUUCAUGUGUGAGAGGCUUGGUGAGACACGGAGCAGAGGAUCCCGGCUGAAUAUUAUCAUCAUCGCUGAAGGUGCCAUAGACAGGAAUGGAAAACCAAUCACUUCUAACUAUGUGAAGGAUCUGGUUGUGAAGCGCCUGGGUUUCGACACUCGUGUGACUGUGCUUGGCCACGUGCAGCGUGGCGGGACCCCCUCGGCAUUUGAUCGUGUCCUGAGCAGCAAAAUGGGGAUGGAAGCUGUGAUGGCAUUGCUGGAAGCAACACCAGACACUCCUGCCUGUGUGGUGAGUCUCUCCGGGAACCAGUCAGUGCGCCUACCCCUAAUGGAAUGUGUGCAAGUGACCAAAGAUGUCCAGAAGGCAAUGGAUGACAAAAGAUUUGAUGAAGCAAUUCAGCUCAGAGGGAGGAGUUUUGAAAACAACUGGAACAUUUACAAGCUUCUUGCACACCAGAAGCCUGCAAAGGAAAAGAGCAAUUUCAAUAUCGCCAUUCUGAAUGUGGGAGCCCCUGCAGCUGGCAUGAACGCAGCAGUCCGGUCAGCUGUGCGCGUUGGGAUCUGCCAAGGCCACACAAUGUAUGUGGUGAAUGAUGGCUUUGAAGGCUUGAGCAAAGGACAGAUCCGAGAGGUGGGCUGGCACGAUGUCGCAGGCUGGCUAGGGCGUGGAGGAUCCAUGCUGGGGACCAAAAGAACUCUUCCCAAGACAUGCAUGGAAAAUAUUGUCGAAAAUGUCCGGAAAUUUAACAUCCAUGCACUGCUGGUUGUUGGAGGAUUUGAGGCAUAUGAGGGAGUACUACAAUUGGUAGAAGCACGUGGGCAGUAUGAUGAGCUUUGCAUCAUUAUGUGUGUGAUUCCAGCCACCAUCAGCAACAACGUCCCGGGCACUGACUUCAGCUUGGGUUCCGAUACAGCUGUCAAUGCUGCCAUGGAGAGCUGUGACCGCAUCAAGCAGUCCGCCUCGGGCACAAAAAGACGUGUGUUCAUUGUGGAGACGAUGGGUGGUUACUGCGGCUACUUGUCUACAGUGACUGGCAUUGCAACAGGAGCUGAUGCUGCCUAUGUCUACGAAGAUCCUUUCACCAUUCAUGACUUAAAGGCAAACGUUGAACAUUUAACUGACAAAAUGAAAACAGACAUUCAGAGAGGCUUAGUAUUGCGCAACGAGAAGUGCCACGAGCACUAUACCACCGAGUUCCUCUACAACUUAUACUCCUCCGAAGGGAAAGGAAUAUUUGACUGCAGGAUCAACGUCCUAGGCCACCUCCAACAGGGAGGUGCCCCAACCCCCUUUGACCGCAACUACGGCACCAAGCUGGGUGUGAAAGCUGUACUGUGGAUGUCGGAGAAGUUGAAGGAAGUUUACCGCCAGGGCCGGGUAUUUGCCAAUUCUACCGAUUCUGCCUGUGUGAUAGGCCUGAAGAGGAAGGCUGUGUCAUUUAGCCCUGUGACUGAGCUCAAGAAAGUCACAGAUUUUGAGCACAGGCUCCCCAAGGAGCAAUGGUGGCUGAACCUGCGCCUUAUGCUGAAGAUGUUGGCCCACUACCAGAUCAGCCUGACUGAAUAUGUGUCUGGGAAGAUUGAGCAUGUCACCCGUCGCACGCUCAGCAUUGAAAAGGGUUUCUAACUGCAAUCUUCCCUUCUGCUCACCCCAGACUAGUUCUCCAUUGUUUUUCCCUGCACACACCCACAACUCCCACCCCCCUUCCUCUGGCCUCCUCAUGCCUUUUGAGUGCAGUGCUGGUGCCACUGUGAGCCUGCAGGAGUGUGACUGAGGCCAGCCUGGCUGACAUUGCGGAAUAGCUCCAUACCCACUGCUGUAUACUCCUCACUGCCUAAGAGGGUGAGUGUUCUUCUGUCCAUGGCUCCCUCUUUGGAGCCUAUUCACUCCAGGCAGCACAUUCACUCCAGAAAGGUUCCAUCCCUGUUUCCCAGGCUACUCUUAUAUUCAGACACUAUUUAAAGAAUCAUGUACUCAGUAAUCAGAUGGACAAUAGGGAUUGGUUUUAGAUUGAUUCUGGGCCUGGUGCCACGGAGAUUGCAGAAUUCCAGAAGGGUGUCCCUUAGAUGGGAGUCACAGAGAAUGUGAGGUCCCAAAGUGCUUCCCCAACUUGGGGAGUGCUGUAAGGCAACGGAUGGGUCUGAUUUGGGACCAAUAACUUCUGCCGCUAUCAUGUUAACAUCCAGCACAAAGAUCUUGUCUAGCAGAAGUAUGUCAGUGGCAUACUGCAAAGUAGCAGUAAGCAGUGGAGCAGCUCCUCUCUUCCCCUGCCCCCACCUUCUCUCACUGGGGUGAUACAUGCCAACCAGGACAUGGCAGCAUGUCUGAAUGCUGGGCUGGGGUUGCCCAGUGUGUUGUGGAUUUGCAUGGGAAAACCCUCUUCUCCACGCUGUCUGACCGGUUUGACUGAGCCAUCUUCCUGGCUAGAGCUGUAAUGGUGGCACCCAUUUUGCGUACUCUUCCCAAUACACUUCUGUGAACUCAGUGUCCUGUGUUGCCUGUAUUUGUCUGUGCCACAGCUUUGUGACUUCUAGAAGUACAUUAAAAGAAAUCAAUGAACCA